GAAGUUUUAAUAAAAAAAGAGGAUCUCAAUUGUUGACAACCGACAACCGCACCCUCCCAUCAUUAUUCUCAUUUAUUCCACAACACAACAACAACAGCAACAUCAUGAGCGACAACAACAACAAUGGCGAACCCAUCAAAGUGGCCGUGGCCAAGGAAACGCCAAAUACCAGGGUGGGGGUAACCUUUCGUCAAGAUUCCGACGAAGACAUUCUCAUCCACACCAUUUCUUCCGACUCGUUGUUUGCGAACACUCGGCUGCAACCAGGCAUGGAAGUCCUUCGUGUGAAUGGCGUCGAUGUCGACUGCUUGGGUUUGUCUGCCAUUAUGAAGCUAUUGCGAGAAGCACCAGAUGUGGUGAGCAUUGAAGCCUUGGCAAUCGAAAAGGAAUCCUCGAAACAUCCCACCCCGUCGGCUCCCGUAGUAACUGCAGCUGCGACCCGUCGUCCCAUGGAUCCAGAACCCAGCGGCCGUGGUUUUCGUGGAAGUAACAACAACGAACGAGGCGGCGAUCCUACCAUUUUUGUGGCUCCCGGGGAUGCUGUCGCCACCAGUGUCGGAAUGAAUGGAGCGGUUGCAAACGCCAUCCCCGUGGCCAGCGCCCAAGUCAUGACCGAUUCGCAUCGCAACAACGGGGCUAUUGUCACCAUGACGGCGACGCCAUUGGUCGAUCAUACAGCGACCGGUGCGGUCAAGACGGAUUUGGUCAAUUCCGAUGGCAGUGUCACCGUGACUGCCACCAAACCCACCGUGGAAGCCAAGACAGGUGUUGGGCUGGCCAAUCGACGCGGCGUGGGUGUGGUAAUUACCUCCCUCAAAUCCUACAGUAUUUUUACCGGAACCAAUCUACGAGAUGGAAUGAAAAUUCUACAAGUCAAUGGCACCAACGUGGAGCACGAAACCGCAGAACAUAUUGCCAUGUUGCUUGGGUCCAUUAUUGGUGAUGUUACGAUUGUUGCUACCAACCUAUACGAUGAUGACGGUGGUGGCCGUACGGCCGUGGCGGUGGCCGAAUUCCACUUGACCACCGUCGUUAUUAACAAACCCUCCCAAGAGGCAAAGGUCGGGCUCGGUAUUACCAACAAACAUACCGAAUAUGGAACCACGGUACCUCUCAUUUCCAAUAUCGCCGCCGAUGGGCCUUGUGCUCAGUCCGCCUUGCGAGUGGGCAUGCGAAUGCUGAGCGUGAACGGAAUUGGUUGCAGGGGACAGCACGACACAAUUGCCAUGUUGCGCGUGGCUCCGGCCGGGCCCAUGACUAUCGUUGCUGGACCGACGAAAAUGCUCAUGGCCAACGUUACCAAAGCCACGCGAGAUACCAAAGUGGGUCUUGUCAUGCAGCGCAAAAACGACAAGCUGAUCGUGACGGGGCUUCCAGCAUCCGGUCUCUUUUGCAAGACCGAUCUACAGGUGGGGAUGCGAGUUUUGCGCAUUAACGGAAUUGAGGUGGAUGCUUUGGACACCACGGAGCAAGUCUUGCAAAUCAUUGCCAGUGCGGAAGGAAACGUGGCUGUUGUGGCCGAACACGUCGCUCCCAAAGCAGUGACAGCGGCGCCAGGACCCGAUUUGAAUGCCCCUCCACCGGGAGCACCUCCUGGCGGCGAGUGGGGCGUGGGAAACUACUUUGGUCCGAACAAUGGCCUCUUGUAUUGUAUCAUCUGCGUCUUUUGUGGAAUUUGUGGUCUCUUCGUCCUUUGUUGCAAAAAUGACCAAACUGCCAUGUAUCGAGCACCCAACGGGAUAGUCUACAAUACCAAAGGAGAGAACAUGGGCAACGGAUCCACCACGACGUUCCGAUCGAACCCGCCUGGAGUACAGGGGCCGCAACAUUUCCCCGAAUCAGACAUUGAGAGGAAUUGUGGUGGGUCACACGCCGGGCAAAGAUUGGUCAUGAUCGGUACCUGCAUUUCCAUUGGCCUGUCCGUUCUGUGGGUCAUUCUGGCCCUGGCUUCUGGAUCAACCGAAACUACGUACUACUCCGGAGGAUCCAGUUGCAGCUACAAAUAUUGCUAUGAAUGGGAUACCUGCUACAAUUCCUACAACAACCAAUGGGAAUCAUGUUAUGAACGUAACUAUGUUUACCGUUGCGGUAGUUGCUGAUUUUUGUUCGGUUGAUAGUGCGGCGGCAUCACUCCUCUUGCCCUCCUCUUUCCAUUUGCCGCUGACCAUGUCCGUAUGGGUUCAUACACCCCGUUCGGCAAAAUACAUAAGUACACAUAGACAAAAGUUUUAACUUGCU